ACCGACGAGUCGCGCGACCGCCUCGAGUAUCCGACCAAGACGAACGAUCGUGACUCGAGACCGCUGAAAAGCCUUCGGGGUCGGGGUCCCUCGAGGGAGUGGCCGAUUCCACUUUCCGAAAGACGGAUAAUCGAUCGCGAAAACAAAGCGUCGGCGGAUCAGCCUUUCGUCGACGUAGCUCGCUCGACACGCGUUCGCUCCAUCUCUUUUUAGAAUAUUAUUCGACGAACGAACCGACCAUCGAAUCCUCCUACCGGUCUUGUUCGUCGAUGGUAACGGGGCGCGCGCCAUGUCAACGCGAUGCGAAAUUUUCUAAUCGCAUACCAAGGUACGGUUCGCGGGAGGCCUUGGUCGUAGCGGAGACAGAGACGAAAGCGGAGGCGGAGGCGAGUGGCGGGAAGCGAACGAUACGCGGGUAAACCGAUCGGACGAGUAAACAGAGGCAGGGAGAUGAGCAAUUUCGUUAAAUGGUUAUCCGCGUAACGCGGCUGGUGGUCCGCGCGUACUCUGCUCUCGUGUUUCCAACCCGGGUAUCGAAUCGAAACGACACGUCGCGACUCUGACAAACUUUUCGGCAACGAUCGGUAUCCGUGAUAUGAAAAUCAGUCGACUCGAGGACGAAGAUAAACUCGAUUCGAUUGCUGCUCGUAAUCGCGACACCGACGGAAGAGGAGAACGAGGACGAGCGACGCCAAGAGUCCGCGAGAUCGCCAGAGCCAACGAAGGAAGCGGAGUGGGAACGAUAACCACGGAAUCCCCAAUUAUUCAAUCACCUCUCCGAGUUGGUUCGCUUAAUCGUCGCGGUUGUCGACGGUUCCGCGGCUCAGAAACGCACCGUUUUCGACCGAGACGGUUGUCCACGAAACGCGAGGAUAGGCGACGCUACGCGACGCGACGCCGCAUUUUCGAGUAUCGUUUCUCGUUCGCGGACAUUCGCAUCAACGAGGCGAGACCAAACCAUCCAAACGGGAAACGAGGGUUGGAAGCAAUCAUGGAUCCGACCACCGACCGCGACGCCGAUGGUUCGGCGCAAAGAUCUUUCGAGCCGAUCGAUUGCGCGGUGUUUGCCGGAAUGCUGGGAAUUUCUGCCAUCGUCGGAGUCUAUCAAGCGUACAAAUCGAGGAAAACCACCGAUGCGGUUCGGGAGUAUUUAAUGGGCGGGCAAAAGAUGGACAUCUUUCCCAUAAGCAUGUCUCUGAUAGCCAGCUACAUAUCGGGAAUAGCGAUUCUCGGGCUACCAGCUGAGAUGUAUGUCUACGGGACGCAAUUCUGGUGCGUCAUCAUUUCCGAUUCGUUCGUCUCUCUGACGAUGGCCGUCGUUUAUUUACCCGUGUUCUACGACCUCGGAAUAACUUCUUCUUACGAGUACUUGAAUCUGAGGUUCAACAACGUCGUUCGACUGACGGGCACGGUAAUAUUUCUGAUCAAAAUGCUACUCUACAUCCCGCUGGUGAUAUACGUGCCCGCGCUGGCGUUCAAUCAAGUGACGGGAAUGAACCUCCACGCAACCGCUCUGAUGGUGUGCGCCGUCUGCAUAUUCUACACUACCUUGGGCGGGUUAAAGGCGGUCGUGUGGACGGACGCUAUUCAAACGGUCGUCAUGUUCGGAGGAGUGGUGGUCGUCGCGGUUCUCGGUACCUUGCGAGUAGGCGGAAUCGAACGAGUUUGGGAAAGAAAUCGCGACACCGGCAGAAUCGAAUUCUUCGAGAUGAACCCGGACCCGACGGUGCGACACACCUUUUGGACCGUAGUCGUUGGCGGCUACUUGAAUUGGUUGGCGUCCUGCUCGGUGAAUCAGGCGAUGGUGCAACGAUGUCUCUCGAUGCCCAACUUGAAGAAGGCCAACGCAACUAUCGCGAUAAUGGCGAUUGGAAUUAUAAGUAUCGUUUCGUUGAGCUGUUAUACCGGUCUCGUCAUUUUUGCGGCGUUUCACGACUGCGAUCCCGUCACGACCAAGCAACUGAGGAAAGCGGACCAACUGCUACCGUAUUUCGUGAUGGAGAUGGCCGGUUCGAUCCCCGGAUUACCCGGACUCUUCGUCGCAGGCGUGUUCAGCGCCGCCCUCAGCACCAUGUCCACUGGAUUGAACUCUAUGUCUGGAGUGAUAUACGGGGACAUGAUAAAGCCAUGGCUGCGCGGUCCAGUCUCAGAAGCGACGGCCAGCCGAACGAUCAAGGCGAUCGUAGUCGCGAUUGGAGCGGUCUGCGUGGCUCUUGUUUUCCUCGUGGAGAAACUUACCGGACUGAUCCAGGCCGGUAAGAGUUUGUCGGGGAUAACAGCGGGACCCUUGCUCGGAAUGUUCACCCUCGGAAUGUUCUUUCCCUUUGCAAAUUCAACGGGAGCGCUGGUCGGCGGGCUGGUCAGUCUGAAUCUCGUCGCCUGGAUCUCGUUCGGUACUCAGGCAGCCAUCUCUACCGGAAAGAUCAAUUUCCCUGUGAAACCAGUGUCCGUCGACGGAUGCCCGGACGCGCUCAAGACGAGAAUCGGCAAUCUAACGCUCGUCAUCGAAACCGUAACAAGAGAGGAGCCGUUCUUUCUUUACAGAGUGUCCUACCUCUGGUACACGUGGAUUGGAUUUCUAACCGCGAUUCUGCUCGGUCUACUCGUCUCUUGGAUUACCGGUGCAAACGUGCGUAAACCAGGAGACGAGAAAUUGUACACGCCGCUGAUACGUGGCUUUCUAAGCUCGGAUCUAGUCGCCACGAGUCGGCAGGAGACCGUGGAGCUCGCCAAGAUCGGAACGGUUCUCUCGAGCCCGUGACGAGCACGGACGCAACUCGUUCGAUCCGAAACGAACAAAUAUUUGCCCGAAACAGGUCUAGAUCUGCCUCGCGGCUCGUUCCGUUCCGUUCCGUCGAGUACCAAGAGGAUCGUUAUAGCCAAAGGAAAAGAGAGUCGCUACAACGCAUCCGAUAGAAAUAUCGAAACGAUAUAUGUACAUAUGUAUUUUUAAGUUGCAACCCUUACACGAACAACGAUUGCAAUCGUGUGUCGGUUCAAGUAACACGCGCGCGGGAUACCAACAAGAAGAAAAAAGAAAAGAAAAGAAAAGAAACGUAAUGUAAAGCGAAAGAAAAGAGAGCGUAAAGUUU